AUGAGGCGCGCGCCUGCGGUUGAGGAGGAGGGGGCGGCAAGAAGGCAACGGCUGCGCGGGCCCCGCUUGCCCCACGCACCCCCACCGACCUCGCUCUUUUCUGCUGGCCUUGGGGGUGUGUGUCCCCCCCCCUUCCUCUCCCUGCCCUGCCCCACAGCCAGGGUGGAGCAGGGCUCUGGGCAACUCCUCCGUUGGCUCAUGAGGUCAUCUGCCUGGACCAGGCUGUGGCUGCUGCUACUGCACUCUUCUCUGACUGAUGCGCUGGAAGACUCCCCAGAGGUUCUGUGAAGAUGGUUGUCCCUGGAAGUGCCCCUAUAAUUCAGCCAGAUCACAGUCUUGGAACUGAACUGGGCCGGGACUCCACAGAGAAUUCCGCAAUGGGGCCAGAUGCAGAACCAAUGACUGACCAAGUGGGACCUGAGCUGGAGGAAGUGCGGAAACUGCAGGAACUUGUGAGGAGACUUGAGCUCCAGAAUCAGCAAUUGAGAACUAGAAGCCUUCGAAGUGUGCCGGAGGCAAAAGUGCUGAGCCAAGCUGGCACUGGAGUGGAUAAUUGCAAUACCAGGCUCAAUGGAAUGGAAAUGAAUAAUAGCAUCAACGCUCUGAUGGAUAAGCAGGAGUUGCAGAUAGUGGCAGACCUGCACUCUGCACUGAGUAAAAUGAGGUCAGAAGUAGAAGAGAGUGGUGAAUUCUUGAAAAAGGAUGUGGAGGCCACAGUGCAACACAGCUGUUCUAGUGCUUCUGGGGAAAAGCCUCCAAACACAAAGUUUGCAAGCAAUACAGAAAUGCAGAGCAGCGAUGGUAAUACCAAUGACUUCUCUAACUGGGACUGUGGUAGCACAGUGCUGGUAGAAGACUUCACAACCACAGGUGUUGAGCCGGCACUGAGGAUGAGUGAAGGGAGUACUGAUGUAGAAGAUCUCUUCAACGAGACAACUCUGGAUGAAGUGGAAGUCUUAGAGCUUGAGAAUGGCAGCGAUGAAGAGGACAGCUGGCUGUAUGUCUCUCCAAGAAAGUCAUCUACAGAUGAAAAGGAAUCACCUCUGAAGUGGUGUAGGCAGGUGUUGGACCAUCCCAGUCCUGAGACGGAGGCAGCCUGCCGUACCCUUCUCAGUAGACUUGACCAAGCCAGUAGGUGGAAAUCCCUGUAUUGCAGUCCACUGGCGUCUCCAAGUGUGCAUAACUUGAAUACAGACACAGGGUCCUGUAGCAAUGCACUAAACUCUCCUGGGCACUACAAAUCAACUAAUAAACCACUACUAACUUGUGGCAGCUCAGGUUAUUUGAGCAUGCAUUCGGCACUGAGCUCUCAGUCUUCUGUUGACAGUGAACUCAGUACCUCAGAUGACUCCAUCUCAAUGGGAUAUAAACUGCAGGAUUUGACUGACGUGCAGGUCAUGGCCCGCCUGCAGGAGGAAAGUCUUCGUCAGGACUGUGCCUCCAGCUCAGCCUCAGUUUCCCGCCGCAGUUCAAGUGCCUCGUUGCAUUCCUUGCGCCGAGGCACCUACAGCGACCAGGACUUUGACACAUACAGUUUGGAGGAUGAGGAUGAUGACUGCUCCCUUUCCUAUCACAGCAGCCACAGAUAUUCACCAUCCCCUCUCAGUUCUCCGCGGUGCCAGUCCCCAUCCUCCAACACAGACUAUGGCAGGGCAGCCGGCCCCCGGAUCCGGCCCCCACGGAGAACAAUGCAAAGUUCCAUGCAAGACAGGCUGAAAUACUCUGGGAAUGAAGAAGAGCUACGGCACAGCAUGCCUAACUUAGCCAGAACAGGUCUGCGCUCCUUGGAGUCUGUAAGGAACAGCCGGAGCUUGGAGUCAGAUCUGCAGGUUCCGAGUAACAGGCUCUCCAGAAUCCAGCAGCCCGCGUCUAGUCUGGCUCCAAGUAAGCUCCGCUAUUCCUCUGGUGCUGGGCAGUCCCCCUUAACAGUCCGACAGCCGAUGAAAGCAGGCUCCUGUGCAAACUCUCUCCUAACAUCACGGCAGCCAGUCCGAGCCACCGGUUAUGCCAGUCCUGCUGGCAGAGUCCGAAAGCUGCCGUCUUCCACACUCAGUGCAGGUUCUGCAAGUAGCAGCAGUUCUCUGGCCAGAAGCAACAGCGUGGCCACCGGAGCAAAAAAUUCCUUGGCUAAAGGCCGAGCAUCAGUUGGGGGAACAUCUUCCCCAAAGAGCAAACUGAUCCAGCCAGCCAAAAGCAGAUUCCCAAAGGCCAAUGUUUCUGCUGAUGACUCUUGGAAAGAUGGGUGUUACUGAACUGAUUUGAAGAUGCUGAUCCACAGACAACGAGUAGCGGGUAAGGCGUUGAACAGGAGCUCAGCUGGCUGGGCAGAAGGAGGCGAACGCCACUCCUCUCUCCGUGAUCACUGGACUUAAUUGACUGGCACAAUCUCUCCCAACUUGGACCACCUCUUGCCUUCACUUUGUCUCGAUGGUGGCAAUGGGACUGCUGUUCUGUUCUUGCUGCUGAGCCUAGAGGACUGUUUGGAAGUAGCCUGUGUACACAUGAAGACUUGCUCAUAUGUCCAUAGCGAGAGAAGAGCAGCCUGGAUCGGCGGCUCUGUACCAGCAAGAAGCUUGCAGAGGGCCAGAGCAAUAGGUGUAAUUAGAACCGCUUACAGUGUCACCUGGAGCACCCUAACUUCCUUGGAAAUGCAGAGGGUUUUUUUACUUGUCCUGUAAUAGGAGGUGUCUGUUAUUAUUGUAGAGGCUGAACCCAGUUUUUAUAAUUGGUAGUACACUUGAUUUGUAUCACCUGUCACAGGAGAGUGUCUUAAGCUUUAUAAAGCAGUACCACCACCACCCCGGAUUGCAGGGCGGUUGUGUACCUAUUUGCUCUUUUCCAUAUCUUCAGUCAGGCAAGACCUGGCCUUGUUCUGCCUUGGUGUGAGUGGCAGUACCACUUCUGAAACCUGAACACACACCUGAAGUAUGUGUUUCCCCUCCUCUCUCUAGUAUCUUCACCUAAACCCAGAUACACAGAUGCCCCUUCCUGAUUUUGUACCAGUCUUUUCUACCGUGUCUCUUUUCUUUUUUGGAUGAAGGAAUUCUGGUUUUUAAACUCAAUCAGUGGCUGCUGGAGCUUGCUGAAUGCAAGAACACAAUCAUUGUACCUGGGAAUGCACACUGGCCUGCCAGCCCUACUUUCUGCUGCCAAUGUGACUUGAUAUUGUAGUUAAUAAAUGUAAAGGGGCUAGUAGUACCUUGUCUUUAGUAGCAAA